AUGAAAAUUCGUCAAUUUUUGAUGUUUUCCAUGUUUCUAGUACUAUCUAGUUCCUACAUUCUGGAACGAUUAUCUGAAGCUUUACCCGAUUACAAAGUUUCUAGAAAUUCAAAAAUCUAUUUUAUUUCUGCGGAGCCUCAAAAGAAUCUGGACAUGGCUCAGUUACAUCUAAUGAAUGGGAUGGAGACUAGAAACGGCACCGUCCUGACCACUCCAACUGCUACUGGAUUCCUGAUCCCUUCCAAGGACGAUGACACUUUGCUAGUCAUAGUUCCAGCUAAUUUCACAGGAUUUUUAUACAUCACAGAGAUUGAAAAUAUCAAUGUUUAUGGAUUACCACAGGACUUAACGGUUAUAAACUUCCAGCCGGGGACUAAUUUAUUUUUCAAUUUGGAUUUCCAAGCCCAAACGUUCAUUCAAAAAAUUCCUGUGGCUAAAAAUGUGAUUAUCAGUGAAACAGUGUCAUUUAUAGGAGUCACAGGGGUUCCUGAGGGAAAUGGGACCUUGUUUUUCAAUAGUUCAUCGAUUCCAGGCCUAACCACCUACAACCAAUUGGAACUUGAAAUGGAGAUUUUUAAUUUCCAAUCGAAUGGAAUCGAUGUGAAAUAUGAAAUUUCUUACGGUUUGCGACAAGGGAUAGAUAUUAAUUAUUCUGGAUUAUGGAUGACUAGAAGCUAUCCAAUCUGGCCGGAUUAUCAAGCUAAGGAAUAUGGGAUCUUGAAUCAUCAGAAUGAUCCAAUCACCUUAUCUAUGAUGUGCCGUUUCCCUAUCCAUACCAACUUCUACACUGUAAAUGUCACUCUUAUCAAUGCCGACAAAUCCAUACAGCCUCCAAUUAUCUUAAAUUCCACUUUGGACAUUUUUGUGAAAUCUGUUUCCGCAUUUUCUGGAAUCAAAAUCGAAGGAGGCGGUCCUUAUUCCAUACAGUAUGAGUUAUGGGAUCCAUUGGCAACUACUGUUGGAUAUGAGACAAGUACAAAGGCUGGCGGGAGUUUGAAUUUUUGGAUGGGCCUGGUUUUGGCGGGGAUUUUGAAUUUAUUGUGA